CGGCCGUUGGGUUGCCCGUCCACGACGUCAGGACGUAACCGGGCUACCUACCUACCUCUACACUACAGUACGGGUGACAUAGAUGGAGGUGGUUUCCAGGCACAACCCGCCUCUACCACCAACUUCAGUUACCUAACCAAGUCCUCAUCACCAUACGGCACCUUCGCCGUGUGCCACCAUCACCAACCUAGAAACCAUCAUUCAUGGUUUCGACUCUUUGACGAGGGGAUCGUUCAAUUAGUUGUACUUACACCAAUCACAUCAUCGGAGAAGCACGAGAAACAGUCAAUUCGGCUUCUACCACGACAGCCGCCAAGAUGCAAACACUCAGGUCCUUCUUCGCGCCGCCCGAUCCCCAGGCACAGAUGCGCAAAUGCAACACCCUACUCCGCUCCAACAUGCGCAAGAUCGACCGUGACAUCGCCCAGGUCAAGCAAGUCGAGACCAAGACCAAAAACCUCAUUGUGGCCGCCGACCGACGAGCACAGCGCAACCCCGCCCAACGUAAACAGGCCGAAAAGGAAGUGCGCGACUUCGCCCGCGAGCUGAUCCGCGCCCGCAAGACGACCGCGCGGCUGAUCACGAGCAAGGCCCAGCUCAACAGCGUGCAAAUGCAGGUCAACGAGGCCUUCGCCCUGCGCAAGAUCGAGGGCAGCAUCCGUGCCAGCGUCAAGAUCAUGAAGGACGUCAACACGCUCGUGCGCCUACCGGAGCUGGCUGGCACCAUGCAGGAGCUCAGCGUUGAGCUGAUGAAGGCCGGCAUUAUCGAGGAGAUGGUGGGCGAGCAGUUGCCCGUUGACGUGGACCUGGAAGAUGAAGAGGAGGAAGCCGAGGGCGAGGUCGACAAGGUGCUGGGCGAAAUAUUGAAGGAUCGCAUGGAGAAGACGGGCGGCUUGCCUAGCGUGCCAGAACCCGGCCAGAAGCUACCACAGCAACCCCAGCACGCCGACGAGGAGCCCGAGGAAGAGGAUACCGAGGCUAUGAUGGACCAGAUGCGGAACCGAUUGGAAGCUCUGAGGAGUUAGAAGGAGGAAGAUGGCCAACCAGGUACGGUGUGCACGGUGCACAUAGGGGUGCACUCGGGUUUUGGCUUCCACUGGGUUACGGUGGCGUUAGGGCGUUUUGGUUAUGUCAUUCAUCAUGUCCCCAUGGGUUGGGGAGUACAACAACGUGCUGAUAUAUCAGGCGCUGGCUGUCGCCUUUGUUUGGUAGAUGUGUUUUGUUCUCAACGAUGGAAUCUGAGCAUCAGGUACACAACAAUGGGUGCCGUUACUCGCGGACCUUGUACUAUCAUAUCAGGUGCCGGCGAGAGGGCAACCACCUACUUGCCAACACUCUAGGUCCAGUUCGCAGCUAGGGAUCAUAGGGCCGUCGAUGUCAACUUCAUUUCAACAAGGUCCGCUGGCUCAAUGGCAGAGCGUCUGACUACGAAUCAGGAGGUUCCAGGUUCGACCCCUGGGUGGAUCGAGUUUGUUUUUCUUUUGCUGCUUCCAACACCGCGAAAGUCGUACACUACCUCUACGUUGUUCCGCUUCCUUUUUGUCUUCUUUGGAUUCGACUUCAGGUUAGAAGUAGGUACACGGGUACUAUGUAGUUGGGGCAGGUCAUGGACGGUGAAAUUGGGCUGGCGGUUGACAUACUCGAGGCAUACACUAGUUCACGAACGGCGCCUACACCCCGAAAGGAUUUCGAGUACCAAACGCUUCAAACCCCCUCAACAAGAAACUUGCCCAUGGUCAGAGUAUUCUACCUUUGAAGGAGUUGGUCAGUCAGUAACUGGUCUACCAAUCCGCAUAAUCACAUCGAAAGCUCUCCGUCUUACUUCCAGCAGUCUUGGAAGCCAUGUUCCUCAACCAAGACCGAGGGAGAAACUGGUUCCGCGACUAUGACAAGGACUUCAUCAUCGCCAGCUGUUUUCAAACCUGGAAUUGGAAAGUCGAAUCACACUUUUUGGAAGCCAGCCGGGUACCUGCUUUGCACAAAGACCACCAAAACAAACCCCGGAGGAUCUGAUCUGAGCCCAUGUCUCAUCCAACCUGAUUUACGUCGACUGCUAACGGUACCCCUAUGCACACUCUGCAUCAAAAAAAAAAAAAAAAUAGAUCCUCACAAACUGCAACCUCUCUACACUAGAUGGGACAGCGUACAUAGGUGUAAUUUGAUGUUUGACUCAAAUCCAUCCCAACCUCCUGAGCGAUUUCAU